GUUCUGUUGGUGCAACUAACAUGAAUGAGCACAGUUCAAGGUCCCAUGCUAUUUUUACAAUUACUAUAGAGUGUAGCGAGAAAGGUGUUGAUGGAAACAUGCAUGUCAGGAUGGGGAAGCUCCAUCUUGUGGAUCUCGCUGGGUCAGAAAGACAAGCGAAAACUGGAGCCACGGGACAGCGCCUCAAGGAAGCUACAAAAAUCAACCUUUCACUCUCCACCCUGGGCAAUGUCAUCUCUGCCUUGGUGGAUGGAAAAAGCACGCAUGUGCCAUAUCGGAACUCUAAACUGACGCGUCUUCUGCAGGAUUCCUUGGGAGGGAACUCAAAAACCAUGAUGUGUGCAAAUAUUGGGCCAGCAGAUUAUAAUUACGAUGAAACCAUCAGUACCUUGCGGUAUGCCAACCGAGCCAAGAACAUUAAAAACAAAGCGAGAAUUAACGAAGACCCUAAGGACGCUCUGCUUCGUCAGUUCCAGAAAGAAAUAGAAGAGCUGAAGAGAAAGCUUGAGGAAGGGGAAGAAGUUUCAGGCUCUGACGUUAGUGGGUCGGAGGAGGAUGAUAAUGAGGAGGGUGAACUUGGAGAAGAUGGAGAGAAGAGGAAGAAGAGAAGGGGCAGUAGCAGCAGCAGUAGCUCAGACUCCACAUGUUCUGUCAUAGAGAAGCCUCUGGAUGAGUUCUUGCCUCACCAAGCAGGUAAAAAGAAAGUUUCCCCAGAUAAGAUGGUGGAAAUGCAAGCGAAAAUUGAUGAGGAGAGAAAAGCAUUGGAAACAAAACUUGACAUGGAAGAAGAAGAAAGAAACAAGGCUAGAGCUGAACUGGAGAGACGGGAGAAGGACCUUCUGAAAGCCCAACAAGAGCACCAGUCUUUGCUGGAAAAACUCUCUGCUUUGGAGAAGAAGGUCAUUGUUGGUGGUGUGGACUUGUUGGCCAAAGCUGAGGAGCAAGAGAAGCUUCUUGAGGAGUCCAAUAUGGAGCUGGAGGAGAGGAGGAAGAGAGCUGAGCAACUUCGGAAAGAACUCGAGGAGAAAGAGCAAGAACGCUUGGACAUUGAGGAAAAAUAUACCAGUCUGCAAGAGGAGGCGCAGGGAAAGACCAAGAAAUUAAAGAAAGUCUGGACCAUGCUGAUGGCCGCAAAGUCAGAGAUGGCUGAUCUCCAGCAAGAGCAUCAGAGAGAAAUUGAAGGCCUCCUGGAGAACAUUCGGCAGCUCAGCCGUGAGCUUCGGCUUCAGAUGCUCAUUAUUGAUAACUUCAUACCUCAGGAUUACCAGGAAAUGAUUGAAAACUAUGUCCACUGGAAUGAAGACAUAGGAGAAUGGCAGCUGAAAUGUGUGGCCUACACAGGAAAUAACAUGAGGAAACAAACCCCAGUGCCUGACAAGAAGGAGAGAGACCCUUUUGAAGUAGAUCUUUCCCACGUGUACCUCGCCUAUACAGAGGAGAGUCUGCGUCAGUCUUUGAUGAAGCUAGAAAGGCCACGGACCUCCAAGGGGAAAGCAAGGCCAAAGACUGGGAGAAGAAAGCGUUCUGCAAAGCCUGAGACCGUAAUUGAUUCUUUACUUCAGUAAAUGUUACAGAAUUAAGGUUACAAUAAAAAAGAGCGAUAUUCUCAUGCCUGGACAGAAAUCCUUAAUUAAGACUCUGAGGACACCUGUGUAAUUCAUAUAAUGUAAGCUGUAAAUUAUGGAGUGAGGCUGGAAAUAGUAAUUUUCCUAAUAAUUCUUAGACUUUGAAGUUUCUGUAACAUAUAAGUGUGCAUAGGUCAUGACUGUUGGGGAUGCCACGCUAUGCAGCAAUGCUCUGUGGAAGGAAGGGCGCAGUUCUUACAGAACAUUGUGGUUGUAUGUGAAUGUGUGUCUCUUAGCUUUUACUCAGCUAUUGUGUAUCUAGAUAAGCAGAAUCUCAGAGUAGAAGAAAGUCUGUCUUGUUUGCACACAGUGCAAAUGCCUGGGGGCUCAUCUAAACAGUAACUUCUCCUAAUACCUGCAGGUCUGUCUCAGUGCAUUCUGACUUUAUACUGAUGUUCGUUGCAUUUAGGUAUGAGAUGACUGAUUUUAUGGAUCUCCUGUAGAAAUUGUAUAAUUUGACAGCUUUGCAGUUUGCAUUUUAAAGGUACAGUUUGAGCAUGUGCUUCAUCUGGCCACCCUCCACCAGUUUCUCUCACCCUAACUCCACCCACAUUAGCCUUUUUUUUUUUUUUUCACUUUAGCCUUUCUUGUUGUUGCUGGCUUGGUUUCCCUCCCAAAGCUAACACUGACCACCUACCCUAGCUCACACACGUUUUUAAAGGUUUCCCUGGACAUACGGCUUACAGACAUUCUAUUGCUGCAUUUUAAGUUUUGAUGGAAAUGACUGUAUACAAAUUGAAACCAGUCUCAUUUUUCAGAAAAUGAAGCUAAACCAGAAGAAUACGUAUUCUUUAUAUCAUUUACAUACAUAGAAAAUACUGUUCUGAGUUUCUUCUGUUGGUUAAUCCACUUAGGCCAUAUUCCUCUCCGAAAAAGUUAUAUUCAAUAUAUAGUAAAAUAAGUUAUAAUAAAUUUUUAUAAUAAAUGUUUUUGCUUUUUUGGUGUCUACUUAUAAAACUUUUUU